AUGCCACCGAAACGUAGAAUUAAUGCAAAGGGCCCGGCGAAACCAAUGCCCAAAGUCGAGCUGAGUCCAGAGGACGAGAUGAACCUGAAGAAUGAGCUUGAUUGGACGAUUACGCAGCUUCAGUUGAAUUUGCAGAAAUGCAAAAAAGCAGCGGACGCAGAAAGGAUUUCAAAGCUCAUUAAUAUGCUAGGAAGCACGAAAACACCGGUUCCAAAAAAGAGAGUAAUAAUGAAGCAAGAAUUCCCCGACUACAAAAAUCUCAUGAAGAAAGAUCUCGCCAAGUGGGAAAAAGAAACUGCCAAGUAUGAAACCGAAGCCGACUUUAGUAUCAACAUCAGCGCCGCCAAAGGCAGUCAAGUCAUUCGAAAGUCCCGUCGGAGCGCAGAGCCUUCCUCGACGCUUCCUGACAUCAAAAACUUGAGCGGACGAAUUCGAGAGAGUGGUCGAUACGCACGCGAGCGGGCUCGCCGUGUAAACCGGUCAUUUCGAUAUACUGUCAGCCGCCCUAUCGUCCCAGCCGAGCUCUACAGACCAACAGAUGCUCAGGGAAGAGAGUUUAUCUCGGAAUACGAAUAUCUAGCUAGACGAGAUCAAUUGGAACCACCAGAGCCAGAAGUAAGCGAAAAUCAGUACGCGACGUAUCUACGCACAAAUGUCAAAUAUGGCCGUGCGAAUGAUCGUCUACUACGCGUCAUCAUGCCCACGAGAAAAGAAAGGAUGAAGUUUUUGCAGGCUUACGGAGGUGUUUUGUCGUGUAGGCCUCCUCCGCUGUUCAUGAUCACUUUCGCAACGAUGCAAAUUGCUAUGUUCGUAUUUUACGUUAUUAGAAGAAACACGCUUGACAAUGGCGAAACAAUCGGCGUUGAUACGCACGAUUCUAUGUGGAUUUAUGAUCCGCAAAAGAGGAAUGAAGCUUGGCGCUGGAUUACUUACUCCGUCCUGCACUACGACUCCGAGCAUUUACUCGGAAAUGUUCUUCUUCAAGUCCUUGUUGGAUUCCUCCUUGAGCUUUACUUCAAGUGGCGCAUAUGCGUGAUAUUCUUUCUUGGAAUUUUAUCUGGGUCACUUGCUUCAAGUUGUGUUGAUCCUCAUAUAAAACUGCUUGGCUCCUCUGGCGGUUCUUAUGCAAUCAUCGGUGCAUAUCUGGCUCUAAUGAUUCGUCGUUUCAGAGAACUACCCCGUCCAAUGCGGCUUCUGAACGGCGCUAUCGCUACAACUUUACUACUGUAUGUUUUGAUCGAUUUUGGGCUGGCAUACUCCCGUCGAUAUAACGGUGACUCUGGUGGAACAAAAAUCUCGCACAUUGCUCACGUAGCUGGCAUGUUCACUGGCUGGACAGUCGGCUACGCUAUUCUUCACAAUUUCAAAGCCAAACUCACUACCGCUGAUAUAGCUCCUUACCUCGGACUGGUUAUGUUCAUCCUCAUUUAUGUUACUGCUGUCAUAAUUGCUAUACUAUUCAAUAUCUUCCUUUCUCCUGCCGGGAACGUCCGUGGCAGUUAA